AUGAAGUCCCGCCAUGCAAUUGAAGGAACUCACCAGUACAAAAUGUCAUUGCAACAAAAGUCUCUAAGGCGUCAGAGACGUAGCCACGUAUGCAUCACUUGCAAGAACCAAAAAUUAAGAUGUGACCGUGAACGCCCUAGUUGCUCUAGAUGCAGAAGAAUCGGUAGAGAUUGCGUCUACGAAUCACCUACACCUGAAGAGACCAUGACUAAUCAUGGCAACAAGGAACUCUCAGUCACCAGUGGGAUCUCCACUGAUGGUUCUCUAGAAAACAAUGAUGAAUUUCACAAUGAAAAACCCAACAACAGCAAUACCCUUCAAUUCGAUGAGAAAUUACAUCUGUGGAAUCCAAAAGAUAUGUAUCUCACUCAUGGUUAUCAGACAUUCGUUGACUUUCCAUAUGGAACGCAUAGUAUUGCACAAUACGAUCCAUAUUUGAGGUUAUUUUGCCCUUCAAUCCAUGGUACAACAUUGGCAGAUUUACAAAGCCGGUUGGAAUUCAUCUUAGACGAAUCCAAGAACCCUGAAGCACUCUCUAAGAGUCCAUUUAAAACACUUGAAGAUAUUAGCCCAUUAAUGUUUAUUGAAGAUGCUGUUGUUAAAUGGGUCGAUAAAACGAAUAGUUACUUAAACAGUCAAAUACCAUUAGAAUAUUUUAACACAAUGUAUACAAUCGAAGAUAGAAUGCAUCCUUCUUUAAUGGCAGUGGUUAAACAAAUAGUGGAAGACAUAGAGAGUUUAUUAGUUAGUAAACCAACAAUUGACAAGUUAUUGAAAGAUUUUUAUGAAAAUAUAUAUCCAUAUUAUCCAUUUAUUGAAAUUGAAUUGUUCGAUCAAAAUUUAUCGAAAAUAUACACUGAAGUUCUUGGUUCUUCUCGCUAUAAGAUAAAUGUCUUUCAAGAAAAUAUUAGGUUUAACCUAGAAAUAUUAACUUUAUUUCUUUUAAUCCUCUCCAUCACAUUAAAUAACCCAAACCUGAAUUAUACUGAUUAUAAUACACCAAGAGAAAACAAUACAAUACUUUCAAAGAAAUUAUUAACUAUAUCGAAGAAGUUGUUAUUUCUGCUAAAUGGGUUCAAAUUCACAACUGAAAACAUUCUAUGUUGUUCGUUAUAUGUCUUUGUAGCUGAAUUCUUGGAUCCAGCAAAUCCUGAUAUGCAUAUUGCACAUGACCAAAUUUUAACGUUGAAAUGUUUAACAGAAUUGUCCUAUACUUUGGGAUUAUACGAGGAACCAUCACAAUUUACCCGAUAUUCUAAUAGAACAGAAUCAAAUUAUAGAUUCUUUAUGUUUCGGAGGAAACUAUGGAUUGGGCUCCAAUCUCUCAUCCUCGAAUUUUUAUCAGCUGAUGGUGGUUGCAACGAAGUUAACCACAGAUAUUUAAGUAAUUUUUUAGGCAAAAAUCAACAAAUAAUACCAUCAUUUAUGGAACAUUUCCAUUCAGCAUCUACUUUUGAUAGACAAUUAUUCGAGAUUCACGAUAGUGUAUACCAUUUCCAUAUACUUCUGAAUAACGUGAUGUUGGACUGUACUUCAAAUUCUCAAGAGCAGGACCUCAGUAAAAUAAUGGAAUCACUAGAACGUCUAAAGAAAUUUACUUUCAGAAAGUUUCCUUUAUCAAAGCUAGCAGAAAUUGAGAGCUACACCAUUAUUGGGGGACUUCAAUGGAAAAAUGCAAGAUUUGACAUUGAAAUGAUCGAAAGGACAAUCAUUUUGAAAAUAAAUAUGAUCUUUUUCUCAAGUUUAAUGAAUAUAUUCAAUUGUUUAGCAAUAUAUUUUGAAAAAAAAUGUUCAAAUAAUUGGGAAAAAUAUGAAAGAUUUUAUCUAUUUUUUUUUCCUCGUGGAUUGGAUGCUUAUUUAGAAGUGGCUACUUUAACAAUAAACUAUUUAAGAGGCAGUUUUUCUUCAUCUAUAUCAGCUAGUCAUGAAUAUUUUUUGAAUAAAUCAGUUGCAUAUAUUUCAAUCAAGAUCAUUAGUAUUCAACUAAGUUACUUAUUAAGAGUUUCAUAUAAACUUGAUAUGGUUAAGAAAAAUGAACCAUCAACUUAUAUGUUCUUUCAAGAGUCAUCAAACAGCACUAAUGCUGUUUCAGAAAUUACAAUAUUAUCUUCUACUUUAGAGCAUAUAAGGGGUCACGUUUAUUCUAUCAUACAUUCUACUUUAGAAAGGUACGAUGAUUUUUUAUUUGGAAUAUAUCAAGUUAUGUUAAUGGGUAAUUAUGUUUAUUAUUUGUUGGAACAUAAUAUCUUAACCAAAACAACCAAUGAAUUUUGGAGAAAAAUUCUCAAGACUAAUGAUAUACCUAUUAAGAUAUUAGAUAAAAUAAAAUUAAAGUGGGGGUUAGGUAAGGAAGAUCAAAAUGUUAUAAAUUACUAUACAGAGAAUCCGAUUUCUUUAUCAAGUUUUAAUGGCAAUUUGUUAAAAACUGUAGAACAUAAACUUCAAACUGCUGAUGUUUAUGAUAAACUAUUAUCUGUAUCAAAUAUUCCAUACCCUUCAUUUCAUGAGGAAGGUACUUUAGAUCAAUUACUUGAAUCCAAUAUAGAUUUAUUCUCAACUAUAAUUGGGGACAAUUUAGGUGAGCUGCCUAUUCUUUGA